AUGCUUGACCUCCUAGUUCUGUCUUUCGUUGCUGCUGGCGUGAUCUGGUUUCUCGCGACACCUUUGCGGACAGGACUAUGGCGCUUUCCGGGACCAUGGUGGCGUCGCUACACGGACCUAUUCCAAGUGCUCGACACAUACCACGAGCGGACACGCCUGACUAUUGUGCGCCUGCACGAGGAGUAUGGCCCCGUGGUCCUUGUUGGUCCCCGAACCCUCCUUUUCUCGGACCCGGCCAUGAUUGAACAAGUCUACGGCAACAGGUCACCACUUCCCAAAAGCCAUCAUUUUAAACCAUUACGACAUGAGCUCAAUGGAGUCGUAUAUCCGAACAUCUUGGCCAUGGAGAGCCCCAAAGACCAUGCAACCAUUAAACGGCCGAUUGCUGGCAUUUAUUCCAUGUCCAACGUCACCAAAUCGGAGCGCUUCAUCGACGAGUGCAUCCUUCAGUUUGUCUACCAGCUCGACAAGGAGUUCAUAGCCACCGGAAAGUCGCUGCCCGUUUAUCAAUGGGCGCACUUCUUCGCAUACGACACAAUCAUGAAGAUUACCGCAUCUGUCGACUUCGGGCUCAUCCGAGGCGAAGCUGAUCGAGAGGGCAUGUUCAAAGGAUUGCACGAGGCUCAGAAAUUCCGAUCCAUGGGCGUGUGCAUGCCUUGGAUAUUCGCACUUUUUAAGAGAACCCCCCUGGCUCAGGUCAUGAUCAAACGCAUGGGUUCCUUCCCACGGCGAGCACGCGAGCUCAUCCAGAACAGGAGGGCGCAGGGACGGACGACAACGAAGCGCAACGACCGCGAGGAUCUCCUCGACCAGCUCCUGGAGACGAAAGAAAAGUUCCCCCAGACUGUCGACGAACUGGUCCUGCACGGCUACGCCACGACACCCCUCUUCGCCGGUGGUGAAUCAGUCGCGGCCAUCGUCACCGCCGUGGUCUACUUCCUCGGCAAACAGCCUGCCAUCGCCGCCAAACUGCACAUUGAGCUGCAAUCCUCCGGUCUCCAGAUGCCGCCCCUCUGGGUGGAGGUGCAAAAAAUGACUUACCUCGACGCCGUCAUUCACGAGACGUUCCGCUGUUUCCCCCUCGGCGCAGCACUCUCCCGCCGCGCAAUUCCGCCCGGUCGUGAGUUUGUCCUUGACGAUGGACGCCGCGUGCCGGCCGGGACGGCGGUUGCGAUAUUAGGCGGUGCGACUCAUUUCAACCGGGACGUAUAUGGUGAGGACGCUCAGCUGUUCCGGCCGGAGCGUUGGCUCAUGGCGCCUACGGAGAGCGCGGACGAGUACGCAGACCGGCUGCGCUGGAUGAAUAGAGCGGAUUUGACUUGGGGGGCGGGUGAUCGCGCUUGUAUGGGAAAGAACAUUGCGCGGUGUGAGAUCUAUAAGCUCGUGGCGACGCUCUACUCGAUGCUUGAUAUUCAGCUUGUAAAUCCGACGAAGGAAUGGAAGCUCAGAGAGGCUCUGGGGGUGAAACAGGAGGGUGUGGAGGCGAAGCUUUCUUUUAGACCCGGUGUGAGCCUCGACCAGCUUCGAGCCACACAGUAA